AAAACAUGACAUGAUAUGAUAUUGCCACGUCAGCUUACCGACUCUCCCGACCAGAAGACUCCACAGAAACUCACCUCAAAGAUUUCAGAAAAGCUAUUUAUAACAACAAAACACAUUUAACCCUAUUUGUUUUGUUCUAUCCUUCUCUGGGUCAUCAUUGUCGGACGACGCCGACCACCGUUUUUCCGCCGUUCACCACCGUGGGUUCAGUCCCCUCUCUCACUCUCCCACUUCGACCUCCAACACAAGUUACAUAACACCUGUCUCAGGGUCCACUGCCUUCAACUUCAACAGUCAAGAGGGCAGAACUCUCAGGAUGACAAUCAAAGAAGAACCUAAGACAUUAGAGUUCAAAUGGGGGAUAAAGCGUGGAAAAGGAGGCAAAAAGAGAGACAUACAGUUCUACGAAUCAUUCACCUUGAAUGGUGUUGAUUACUCACUCUUUGAUACUGUUUAUCUUAAAAGUGGAGCGCAACCUGAACCACAUAUUGGAAAAAUCAUCAAGAUAUGGGGAACUCCUAGUGACAAGACUAGGAAAAUUAAGAUUCAGCGGUUCAUUCGUCCGUGUGAGAUCUCAAAGCUUUUGACCGGGAUUAAGAUUUAUUAUAAUGAAUUAUUCUUGUCUUGUGGUGAUUGCACUGGACUUGCCCUUAUCAAUCCUCUGGAAUCUAUUACUGGGAAAUGCAAUGUUGUUUGCAUUUCUAAGGAUUCUAGGAAUCCACAGCCAUCAGAUGAAGCAUUUCGGAAAGCUGGCUUUGUGUUCUAUCGAUACUUUGAUGUUGGGCAGUGUAAAAUAGUGGAGGAAGUAGAUGACAAGAUUGCUGGAGUGGAAGUUAAAAACUUUUUUAACAAAACGGCAUAGUCAAAAGCCUGCUGCUGCUGCUGCUGUAAAACAUUGUUUAUACGAGAAAGGAGUUGGUGGGGAAUGCCUUGAAAAGUAGUGAAGUCUCUUUUCCAAGUAAUAAAAAUAGUCAUCUGUAGUUAAGUGUUAGCUGGCAAAUAUGUUGAUACAUUAGUUACAGAAAGGGGAUGUUAAAUUUACUUUGAAUUAUAAAAUCCUAUGGAUGAAAAUCAUUCUUAGAAGAAUUGUUUUUGGUGGUUCAGUUUUUUUUGGUGAUGUAGAAGAAUUUUUUUGGAUGAGUAUAGAAGUUUGUUGUUUCUGAUGUUUAAUAAAGAAAUUCGGUGCCUUUGAAUUAA